AUGGCAUCAUCCGUUCAUAAUAAUAGGUUGUCACAGCCAAGAUCCUACGCAUGUUGUAGGACUUGCAAUAUGUGGUGUUGGAGAGCAUUUAAAUGGCUUCCAGUAUUGUUGGUAGUGUCGAUCAUAACAUGGUCUUAUUAUGCCUACGUUAUCCAAUUGUGCAUUUUUACUAUUGAAAGUACUGUACAACAAUGUAUUUAUCUCAUAGUUUAUCACAUUCUACUGAUUAUGUUUUCCUGGUCUUAUUGGCGGACAAUAUUUGCAGAUAUAAAACAGAUUCCUGAAAAAUAUAAAUUACCUGAAGAAGAAUUGGAAAAGUUACUUGGUGCAGAAUCGGAAGAUGCUCAAAGGACAAUUCUAGAGAAUUUUGCCAAAGAUCUUCCUGUAGUUACUAGAACAAUGUCAGGCUCAGUUCGCUAUUGCAACCGAUGUGUGAUAGUAAAGCCGGACCGCGCCCACCACUGCAGUAUCUGUGCCCGAUGCGUUCUCAAAAUGGACCACCACUGCCCGUGGGUCAACAACUGUGUCUGCUUCCACAAUUACAAGUUCUUCAUGCUCUUCCUUGGUUAUGCCCUCAUCUACUGUCUAUUCAUCAUGUCAACGUGCCUGCCUUACUUCAUUAAGUUCUGGAAGGGCGACUUCGGCACUUCUGCGAGCGCAGGCCGAUACCACAUUGUCUUCGCUUUCUUUGUAGCGUUAAUGUUCGCGACCACGCUUGGUUCGCUCUUCGGUUACCAUUGCUACCUCGUUGCACAUAAUAGGACUACUUUAGAGGCGUUUAGAGCCCCGAUGUUCAGAGGAGGCGCCGAUAAGAAUGGUUUCUCCAUUGGUGCUUUUAAUAAUUUUAAAGAGGUAUUCGGGAAUAGCCCAAAUCUCUGGAUGGUGCCGGUCUUCACGAGCCUCGGGGACGGAUGCGAAUACCCGGUGCGACGCGAGCACCAGCUGCAGACGUUCACGACGCAGGACGCCCAUGGCUACGAAUCCAUGGGCACUACGCGCUCCAGCGUGGAGGUGGAUCACGAGACUGAGAGGUGGAGACUUUGUCCCAGAAGGGCACGGACCGCCCCGCAAAUAGUAUAA